GCUUAUCAUAACCUAACGUAUGUAAAUAAACAAUUAGAGAACAUUGCAUAUAAUUUAUUAGUAUGUAAGAUUGAUACACGCGGUUGCAGUAAUUCAUUUAACAAUUAAUUACUUUACAAUAAGAAACUAAAUAUGUCUGACAAGAAAAUUUGGAUACAAACCGAGUUAACCUGUAGACCUCUAGAUACUUUAGAGGAAGUGUCAUUGUUUCUGCAAGACCCGCCAGCUUGGAGAUCUUUGUGUAAAAAAAUAAUUCCUCAUAGCCCAAACGCUAUCAGAAACUGUGAUUUAAACCAGAAUUUCGGUGAAAAUAUACUCGAAACGCCACAAUCCUUCUGCCACUAUGAACCGCAAACUGAAGACAUUGACGUCGAGCACCAUGAUAGAAAAAAGUUGCCAAAAACUUUGGUAUGUCAUGACAUGGCCAACGGAUAUCAUGACGAUAGCUACGUGGACGGCACGGGGAACUCCGACGCGUACACGCUGUACCACUGGGGCGCGGUGGACGUGUUCUGCUACUUCAGCCACCACUUCGUGACCGUGCCGCCGCUCGGCUGGAUCAACGUCGCGCACCAGCACGGGGUCAAGGUUCUCGGUACCGUAAUAACCGAAUGGACGUCGGGCGCGGCGCUGUGGGAGCGGAUCUUGGCGUCGGAGCAGCAGAGCCAGGACUUCGCCAGCGCGCUGGUGGCCAUCGCACAGGCGCUGCACUUCGACGGCUGGCUGCUCAACGUCGAGAACAAGAUCAGCAAGCCGCAGCAGCUGCUGCAGUUCGUGCGCCAGCUGCGGCAGUCGCUGCACCGCGAGCUGGAGGCGCCGCUGCUGCUGUGGUACGACAGCGUCACCGUGGACGGACACCUCAGCUGGCAGAACGGGCUCAACCACAAGAACAAGGCGUUCUUCGACGCGUCGGACGGCUUGUUCACGAACUACUCGUGGUCGGAGCAGGACGUGCGCAGCAGCGCCGAGCUCGCGGGCGAGCGCGUCGGCGACCUGUACGUGGGCGUGGACGUGUGGGGGCGCAACUUCUACGGCGGGGGACAGUUCAACACGCAGCAGGCCGUGCAAGUGGUGCACAAGCACGGCUGCUCGCUGGCGCUGUUCGCGCCGGCGUGGACGCACGAGGCGCUGUCGGAGGAGGCCGACGACGUCAACUCCGUCGUCAGCGCGCAGGAGCUGGACCAGUACGACAAGUUCCUGCUGCGCGACCGCGCGCUGUGGUGCAGCCUGUGGCCGUUCCUCUGCACCAAGCUGCCCGACCAUUUGCCGUUCCAAACGUCCUUCUGCAGAGGGCAGGGGAGGAAGAGGAGGCUGUAUGGAGAGGUGAUAUGUCCAGUGCCGUGGUACAACCUGCGCCACAUGCAGUACCAGCCGAACUCCGCGCUGGGCCCGCACGGCUACCUGCUGUCCACGCGAGACAACAUCCUGGGCCUGUCGCGCCUCGGCUUGCUUCAAAACAAAACUGGAAUUCUCAGAUGCCGACGCUCUCUCAAAGAGAAUAGUAAAGUCGAAUUCGCCGAGAAAACGAACAGCGAAGUCUUGAUAACCGUCAAAACUGACAGCUUAACGAUCAUCACGCAAGAAGAAACGAAAGAAGUCGAAAUCACUAGCAACGACAGUAAAUCUUCUACGACGAAGACGAAAAUUAUAGACGUCCUUCGCAAUUUGUUCAGAGCUAAGGGAACUAAAAUUACUGAGAACAAGAGUGGCGCUAUGAAAAGAAAGCUAUCAUUAGACGCAGAGGAAAAACAGGAAAUAAUUGACACCGCAGAAGAGAUUCAGCGAAAAGACAGUUCUGAAAAUGAAAUUCAUGAAAUAUCUGGACGGUCCAUGAUACAAAUGUCAGUGAACCUUCGACUGCGGGACAAAACUCAAAAAACGCGAUACGCUUUAGCUUACGUUUCCGGAGAACUGCAAUGUUUAGAGCCGUUCUUCGAGGACAGUUUUCUCGGUGGGUCUUGCCUCAAGAUCAAUCCGUCCGACGAAGUCUGCACAGAACAUCGGCAUUCGAGACUGUUCCACUGUGACUUUCUCUGCGAAGAGAGUUUGAUAGCGUGCGUGGUCACCAAGAAGAUGCUGGGCCACGAGGAUCAGUUCCUGAACGUGAGACUGCAUUUACAGGACAAUAGUGAGAGUUACAAGAAGGCAGUGCUCGUAGGUCGCGACAUACCGCGGGGCCACGAGCACGAGCAGGCCACGGCGGCGGACGUCGUGAACCUGUACCCGCUGAGCGACGCGGACGACGCACACUUCAGGGAGAUGCAGAAGUACAUGGUGUUGCACGAGCCAGAUUUCUACGUGUCCGUCGCUAACGCUUACGGAUGGAGAGUCAGAUAUUACCAAGUGGAGCUGCCGCAGUCGCGCGUGACGUCGGUGAGCGUGCAGACCGGCCUGCCGCAGGGGCCCGUGCUGCUCGGCCACUUCGGCCUGUGCGCGCGGAGAGUGCCGCGGAGCACAGCAUCUGACGGUACAUCUCGCUGAUCUCACUGUGACAUCCGAAGGUGUACCUGAGACUCACUGACGUGCCGUCGCAUAAAUGCUACAGUAUAAGGCGCUAAAGUUUUGGGUUUCUAAAACAUAGCAUAACACUAAAUACAUUUAGAUUUAAAAAAGAAAUAUGGAAUUCUAAAUCAAAAGUAUACUCGUACAAGUUUAUAAUAUUUUGAAAAUCACCCGACAAGUAAAAUUUAGCUAGAAUAACGACAUUUUUGACAGAAUAAUAGAAAAACGCCGAUUAUCUUCAUCAUUAUUUCAAGCAAAAGCAACCGCAUAAUCAGCCUUUUUGUUUACAAGUUACGAUGCUACAGGGAGAUUCACGGAUACGUCAAACUCAUAACAUCCGUCUUUUUUCCAUCGGGUGACAAUAGUGUCCCUUUAUAGCAAUUAAUUUAAAAACUUUUUCAUUACCAAUAUAAUACAAGGGAAACACUUUCUCCGCAUUUUUUUAAUAUUUAAAUUGUUUAUUAUGCAUUUUUCUUAAAUUUCAGAAUAGAUCGUUAGAACAAUAUCGGAGUCGCAGAGUCCUGAUAAUAGUCUAUGUAAAUAAAUCAAGUAAUUGUGUAUUUUGUAAAAAUCAAUUAUAUUAAUAGUAAAGUUAUUAAAAUGUAAAACGUGUUUUAGCUGUCCUGAUAAUCAUCAAAACGAAUGCGGUAUUUUUUUGUUAUUAUAUUCGAUAUUCUAUUGGAAGUACCUUGAUUUGUAAUAGGUAAGGUAUGUGUAUAUGUAUAGCUCCUAGGUUCAAUUACCAGUUUUGGUUAAUUUGAGAUAUUAUAUUUUUUCAAAAUGACCAGAGAUAUGCUUUGACUGUAGCUAGUUUGCAUUGCACCAUUGACGUUAGCGUAGGUACUACUCGUAUAAU